AGGGAGGGAGCAAGGGGGUAGGGUAGGACUCGGGAGUGGAGUAGGGAGCGUGAUGUCAGCUGAGUUCAGAAAGUAAACAGACUUCGUAGACAGCAGCAUGCGUCCGAGGCAGCUGGAGGAAGCCCGGGGGGAUGCAGGUCGUCCAGUGUCCCGGACCGCUAGCGCUAACUUGAACAUGGUCAUGUGUGGUAAAGGGGGCUGGCUCCUCUUCCUCACUUUCAUCUUCAUCACCUCUGUGAGUCCCGGGACUGCAUGGCCCUACGAUUACCGGCACUUGUACAACCACUGCCCCGGGCCAGAGUGGAGCGUGAUGUGCAGGGGCUGCUGUGAGUACGACGUGAUCCGCUGUAAGUGUCCUCUGCACGGGACGCCGGUGGGCUACGCUGUGCCCUGCUGUCGGAACGCCAUCAACGAGUGUGACCCCUGCAUCAUUCAUCCAGGCUGCAGUAUAUUUGAGAACUGCAAGCGCUGUAACAAUGGGACGUGGGGAUCCAGAGAUGACUUUUUCAUCAAUGGCCGAUACUGUUCAGAGUGCCGCCCGGGCUGGUCUGGAGGAGACUGCAUGAAGUGCGGGGGCGUAAUCCGGAAAAAACAGGGACAUUUGGUGCUGGAGAGUUACCCCAACAACGCCCGAUGUGAGUGGACCAUCCAGGUGGACCGCCCCUUCACCGUAGAACUCAGGUUUAUGAUGGUCAGCGUGGAGUUCCAUCAUUCCUGUCAUUACGACUACAUCGAGGUUCGAGACGGAGACAGCGUCCGCUCGCGUGUGAUUGGACGAUUCUGUGGAACGAACAGGCCGCCGCCCAUCCACAGCACCGGCAACAGUCUGCACAUCCUCUUUGUGUCCGACGGAUACAAGAACUUUGACGGGUUCUUUGCUACUUUUCAGGAGACUUCAGCGUGCAGCUCGUCCCCCUGUCUGCAUGAUGGGACUUGUAUCCUGGACAGCUCUUACACCUACCACUGUGCCUGUCUGGCUGGAUACACAGGCAAGAGGUGUGAAAAUGUGGUUGGUUGCCGCAGGCCCCCGGUGCCCGCCCAUGGCUCCACAGAGGGUCUGUUUCAUCACUCUGGAGCACGCAUCACUUUCCGCUGCGACCCUGGCUUUGAACUGCAGGGGCACCGCUCUGCCAUCUGUUUAAGUGACGGUACUUGGAGCGCCCCUGCCCCGGACUGUGUGCCAGUGGAAAGAUUGUGCACCCUGCCCCCGAAGCCAGCACAUGGGGACCACUUCCUGGUUUACGGACCCAAUGAUGUUUUGAUCGCACUACAGUACUUAUGCCAUCAGCCCUAUGAGCUCAGCGGCAUCUCCCAGAGAACAUGUCUACCCAACAACACCUGGAGUGGGUCCUCUCCUGUCUGCAUCACAGUGAAUAACACUCUCCCAGAAGCCGAAAAGGGUAAAGAUGUGAGCAGAGAGUCUGAAAAGGGACAGGACACAUAUGAUAUAUAUACUGACCAAGAUAUCACCAAAGUUAAAGAGAGAGGUCAAGAAAACACAAGCGAAGACAAAUCAAGUGGUGAGAGAGAAGAAUCCACUACCUCAGAGAAGAACUCUACAGCAGUGGACAGGGAAGACAAACACUCUGGGAAAACUGAGGCUGACCUAGACCAAACAGACAGCAGGCCACAGCCCACGGGAAGCACCAGAACAGAAAUCAUCGUGAUAAAGGACAAAGGCCAAGAAGAGAAAGAACGCAAAGAGGAGCAGGUCAACGGAAAGAAAGAGCAAGACAAAGUUGGACCAAAUGACACUAAAAUAAGAACGCCGAUAUCAGAGGCAGACAACACACUGGAGAAUUUUGACCUGGGGAUCACCAAUAUUACUGUAGCUCGUGAUGAGAAGGACACCAAAGUGCAAAACAAUACAAUAAGUGUAGAUCCGGUCCGGAAAGUCUUACCCACAAGAAUUAAUAUCACACAGUUCACCAUGUAUCGGAGUACUGGAGCAGAGGGAAGUGGCAAACCAAAGGAAAAUAAAACAAGCAGAGAUGAGAAGGGAUCUGCAGGGAAAACAGCAGAGGAGAGAGAAGAGGAGAGGGAGAAGGAGAGAGAAAGAGAGCCGAAUGAAAGUAUCGACGAAAAAGGCUGCCCUCCUCUUCCUCGUCUUUAUAACGGCUACCAGCAGGUGGUGUCAGGAGCGCAGCCUCUCACGGUGGAGUUCAUAUGUAACCACUCAUACGCGCUCAGUGGAGACUCCCAGAGGACGUGUCAGGCCGAUGGGACCUGGACGGGCCUGCAGCCGUUCUGUGUUAGAGCAUGUCGAGAGCCCAAAGUGUCAGAACUGGUUAAACAGCGAGUUCUGACGCCUCAAGCCCCAUUUAGAAAGACACCAGUGCAUAAGCUGUUGAGCAGGCAGCUGCGCUCUGAUGGCCCUCUGCUCUCCCAGCUGCCUCCAGGCUUCCACCACCUCUACACCCAUAUCGAGUACGAGUGUGCUUCGCCUUUCUACCACCACUCAGGCAGCUCCAGGCGCACUUGUCUCAAAACGGGGAAAUGGAGUGGCCGCCAUGUCUCCUGUUCGCCAGUUUGUGGGAAGCAUCCAGCCUUUGACCCUGAGAGGCCAGGAGAGGCACACUGGCCCUGGCUCGCUGCCAUAUACCGCCGGUCCAGCGUCGGAACUGAGAGCGGAGUAUCCAAGGCAGAUGGCCAGGCUGGGACCCCCAAGAAACAUGGAGGAAGCGGGAGCAGGAGUACCAGUGAGCAGGCUUCUCAGUGGCAGCUGGUGUGCAGUGGGGCUCUGGUGAACCAGCGGACGGUGGUGGUGGCUGCACACUGUGUGAGCGAGCUGGGCAAAGGCUACCCUCUGGAUCCGGACCGGGUCAAAGUCGUGGUGGGGAUGCACUAUCGCCAUGACAACAGGGAGAGUAAGGCUCUGCAGCACCUGAGGGUCUCCUCCAUUGUAAUCCAUCCAGACUAUGACCCUCUCAUCCUGGACUCAGACUUGGCUGUGAUCAAGCUGCUGGACAAAGCCCGGAUAGGAGAGAAGGUUUUGCCCCUGUGCCUCCCUGAUGGACAGGACUCAGAGGUGACAGAGGGGCAGGGGCUGGUCACCGGUUGGUCUCCCAUUCCCGACCCCUCUCUUGGCUCCGAAGAGAAAGCUCGGGUGGGACUAGUUCACCUCACUGACGUCGUCCCGUGUGAGAAUCAAUACGCUCGAAACGGUGUCCCGGUUAGCGUUACAGAAAACAUGCUGUGUGGAAGCCAGAAGCCCGACUACGGGGACUCUAGCAUAUGCCCUUCGGACACUGGGGGGAUUUUGGUGCUCCCUGGGCUUGCGCAGUUUCAGUCGAACAACAAACAAACACAAGGAGAGAGUAGAGAACCCUGGAGACUGCUGGGAUUGGUCAGUUUUGGCUAUGAUCAGGGUGAGUGUGACCCUGACCUAUACACGGUUUACACACGAGUGGACAGUUUCAAAGACUGGAUCCAGGCUCACAUGAAAUAGGAUUCGCUUCACUCAUCCACACCGGGAUAUCUGUUACAAUGUCUUCAAGCCAGUAUUCUAACUAUUGUGGUGCCUUUGGCGGUAAAACUAUUGCACUUUAAGUCAGCAGCAUAUGUGCUUUUUAACCAAAUAAACAUGAUUGGAUUUAAUACUUUGACAAGAUAUGGACAAAUAUACUAACUACUAGCACAAGUAGUCAGUAAGGAGCUAUUGUUUACUCGUUGGUACCUAUAGUAUAUAAGAGCUUUGUAAUAAAUUAUUGAACAUAUAACUAUUGCUAGCUUGUAUACAGUUUAGCAAGGUACAUUAUAAUGCUCUAUACAUUUUCCAUUGUGAGAUAAGGCCAAUGACUCAUUUCCAAGUGCUUUCAGAUCUCUUGUCAGAUCAGUAUUACAUGGAUUACUUAUACCUGCAAGCUCUUGGAAAUGAUGCUUUUGCGAAUAGACAAGCUCCGUUUUAUGUUAUGCCAAAGUCAAAACGGCAUCAAAAGUAUAUCAUGCCAUAACUCGGAGUAAAAAUAUGUUUUCAGACAAAGUACUAAACUGCUCGUCUUGAACAAACAAAACAAACUCUCCAGCUAAAGUUGACAGGUCAUUAGCCAACGAUGGAUAAUGUGAUUGGGACUUUGUUUUAAAAGUUUCAACACAAUUAAUUUAAAAGUGCGAUUAUCCCCUGAACGUCAAGCAAGUCAUGGUGCUUUUAACCUGAUUAUUGCUGUUAAAAAAAAGUUUAAUAUUUGACAUAACAGUUUUAGAAAUAUUCAUACUGUUCACACUAACUCGAAGAUGUAAGCACAUACCGUUUCCUUGAUCUUUUCCUUUUUCAUGCAACACUGGACGAUGGCUCUAACUGCAGGGGGCGCUAGUACAUUAAAUGUGCUGUGUAGCAAUCUGUUCUUCUGCAAACUUUUUUAGUUUUAGGUCCCUGUCAGAACAGACUUGAAAAGCGCCAGGAGACGUCCUCUGGCUAAUACAUAGGUUUGUAAAUAUGCUGCAAUUUGCUGUAUCAGUGUAUCCUCUGGAGAUGUACAUAGUGUAAGAAAAAAUAAUGAUAAUUGUGUUAAUAAAAUAAAAAUGGACGUUGUC